AUGCAUUGGUUAAAGGAAAGGUGUGUGUUUGUGUAAAUGCAAUUCCAAUGCAAUUCAGAGUUUAAAACUCACAUACUUUUCCUUCCUGUGUGGUGUGAUGUGGUGGUGAUGGGAUUUAUUAAUAAGUAUUUGGUUAUUUUACUGGGGGAGGAUAAACUUUAAGCGAUUUAAAUAGCUAGAAAUUAAACGGGUCUCUAAAUAAAGUAAGGAAAUAUAAGUUUUGUAAAGAUUUUGGUAAAAAUUGGUGUAAAAAUGAGUUUGGAGUGUUAAAGUUACGAAAGUUUGGAGUGUGGAGGUGGUUACUUUUGGGUGGGUGGAUUCUACAUGGAUCAUAUAUUAUUGGAAAUUGGAGCACUAUUUGUUUAACCAACUUUGUGGGACGGAUAUGGACGUAAUUUAAGAAUAAUAAAGUGGUGUUUGUUCCUUGACAAAAUCCAGAUCACAUUUUUUUAUCUAGUGAAAUUUUGCGUAACGCUUCAUACAAAUUUGUAUUUUUCUCUAAUAAUGUGCAGAGGAGGUGAUUGAUAACUGCCCAAUAGUGAAAGUCAGUUAGACUGAAUGUGCUAGUUGGUGAUAUCCCCGUGCCACUAAUACGUAACGUAGCGUCCCAUUUUGUGACACCUUUUCUGAACUGAUUAAUAAUUCCGAUUAUAAGAAUACUAAAUAGAAAAUUGAUUAAUUGUGCUCGUACUGAAGACGAAAAUCUACAUGAAAAAUAACUUCAUUCAUUAACAUUCUAUGGAACUCACUCAAAUUAAUUGCAGAAUAUUUAACCAGUCUACCCUCUUACAUAAAUGUUGCAAUAUUAAUUGCUAAAUGUGUAUGUAUCGGUAUAUUUACCUUCAGCAAUUACCUUCCUGCCUUACAGUGAUGAAAAUUUAAUGUGAUUAUCUUUCACCGACAUACCGAUAUCCGUCCAUACAUACAUUAAUAUUGAUUUCAUAACGGAUUAUACUGGAUAUAAUGGCUGAUUAAAUAUUGAAGCGCACUGUCAAUAACGUGUAAUUGUGAAUUGGAAAGCCUCAUUUGAGAUUUAAAACAACCUUGAUGCGACAAUUUCAUAUUGUUAGUAAAACUAGACCAACCCGACUCGAAGGUCAUAACUGAAUUCGAUACGCACGUGUAAAACAGAAGGACACGGAGAUUUUAUACAACUAAAUAAAUAAACAAUGAUAAACAAAUUAACUAAAAAUACUCAAUUUUAACUAAACCGCACCCAUCCAUAGUCUGAAGUGCAAUAGUAAACAAAUUACAACCAUGUCUUCUACCAUCACACCCAUCAGUAUUAGCAAGGAGUGCUUAUCAUCCUCCCCAAAAUUGGAUGAGUCGAUAUCGAUAUCCACUCCACCACCACCCAUCGCCUUCAACGGAGACACUUUCACCCGGCCCAAUAGGAAAAUUAGGAAAGGACUCAUCACCGAGUUUAUGCUCGAUAAUGGAAAUAACGAUGGUCUAGAAACUAAUACGAAGAAGGCGGAAGUCACACCAGUGCUUUUUGAAACACCAUCUGCUCCUCCUCGUCGGUCUUCUCCUACCACUUCCGGAGGAGGAAGUUCUUCUUCUAAUUCCAUUCCCAGCCUCGUCCUACGUCUCCCUUCCACGGAAUCUUCGUCUGAAUCAAGAAAUGGAAGUGGAUCCAGUUCUGGAUCGGGACGAAGUGGAAAUGGUUCAAACAAUAUUAUGAUUCCGUCCGAGAAGGAAGUCUCUCUAAUUUCGGGGGGAGGAAGAGGACCAGAUAACUUGUCCAUUAGUACAAACUCGGAAGAUAACUUUGAACUUUUUAUCGGAGAGGGGGAAAGUUUGGAGAGGUGCAGUUUUCUAGAGUCGGAGGAGCACAAACAGCAUCAAGGGGCAGAAUCGCCGAGCAGAGAUCUUGCGUCUUCCAGUGAGUGUCAGGAUCCCUCGUCGAGACGGACUUCAUCCUUGACGAGGAACGGAUGGCAGAGGACUAGUCUGAGGAAAACGCCUACAAGUGGUGGUGGUGGGGGAGGGGUCGUUUCUGGGGACGGGAUUACGAUGACGAGCACCCCAACGCAUCGGAGGUGGGGCUCAUUUAGAAAUAGCAGCGGUGUUAAACGUGCCAUGGUCGGGGGCACGAGUGGCGUCCCUUCCACAAAUGCGCUCGCGAAUCAGCUCUACCGUUCCUCCAGCUACCACUCCUCCGGUCGAAGUUCGGCCGGCGACGGGGAAGAAAUGUAUUCCGAUAGCUCCUUGGAAGGAGAAGUUAUCGACUUAACGAAAAAGGUUCACCAUCUCGAAGAAAAGUUCACCGUCCUAGCCGAAAACCAGCAUGACGUUGACGAUCGUUACACCCGUUCCAAGCAGGAGAAUGCCGAGCUAAAAACCAAGCUCUUUAUGCUCGAGGAAACCCUCCGCGAUGUGGAAAUGCGAUCUGAAGAGAAGCUCAAAGAAGAAGCCCGACGCCACAAAGAAGCCACGGCUCGACUAGAGAUGGAAAAGACGCUGCAAUUAGAAAACCUCGAAAUUAAGUUGCAAAUGGUGGAGAAGGAAAUUUCCUCUUCAAAAAUAGAGACGAAACGAUUAGAAGGUUCGUUAGAACGAGAAAGGAACGAGAACAACUACUUGAACGACAAAUUGUCCGGGAUGGAGAGGGAGGUUGGCUGUCUUAGGGAGGAAAAUAGAAGCCUCGUCGCACAGAAUAGGGUCGACAGAGAGAACAUGGUCCAAGAGAGUGUGGGGUCACAGCAGGCCUUAAUCGAGCUUAAAGCCCAACUCGAAUCCUUAUCGAAUUUUCAUAUGAAUGGGGGCAGCUCUUCCUCGUCUAACCACUCCCACUCGUUGAGAAGAAACGAUUCCUCCGACCCGGUCGAACUAAGAUCGCGUCUUCACGAAGCGGAGGAUGAGAUUAAAAGACUUAAAGCUCUAAAUAAUCAAUUGGAAGAAAAUAAUGCAGAAUUGAAUGCUCAAAUGUUAAAUCAGAGAUUGGAAGAUGGGAGAAAUUUGUUAAAUAAUAUGAAUUGUGUCGUCUCUUCUUCGGGAGGAAACAGUUUAGCUGCCGAGUUUGAAGCCAUGUCGAAUGAAGAGCCAGAUGAAUAUUUUGGAAUAUUAUCGCCCAAAAUUCAGUCAGAAAAGGAAUCGUUGACAAAGAUGAGAACGGCCCUAAAAGAUCAGAAGGAGGCAAAUCUUGCCCUGCGAGCUUACAUUGACAACAUUCUCCUCAAUAUUGUCGAACAUUAUCCUCAAUUACUGGAAGUGAAACAUAACAACAACGGGUUUAACAAUGCGUGCCACAACAACAAGGGCAAAGAAGGCAAAGGGGGAAGCAAUGAAAAAGUCAUACAUUGACGACACGUUAAAAGUAGAAUACAAAAAAUAUUUGGCAAACGCCAAACUAUGGGGAACUAAUCCGUCCUAAAUUGUGCAAAAAAUUGACCUGAGUCCAAAUCCUGCAAAGUAUAUACGAUAUGGAUCCGAAUUAUUCUCCGUCCAAACUAUGCAAUGAAUGUAGAUUACCUGAGAGAAAACUUAAUAUGAGGGAAACUGUAUUAUGAAUUUUAUAUCAAAUAAGUAUGUAAUGUGCAACCACGAAUCGCAUAAUUCCCGCAUUAUAAAAAAUACUAAGAAAUAGCACGUAAAACAUUUUGUAGAAUUUAUAUAACCAAUUUUGUAAAUAUGACUGUAGUCUGCGAGUGAAUUAUAAGACUUAGUUUUUUAUGCGAGAAAAAAAUUGAAAGAAUUAAUACUAAUUGUAGCACAAAUCUCAAAUUUUGUUUAAUAAUAAGUCCAGGACAAUGUAUUUUAAUUACAUGCAUAUAUUUAUCACGCAUUAAUUAUAAUUUUUCAGUUAUUUUAUUUAGCUCAUUAACAUUUACCAAGUAAUUUAAAUACUUACCAAAAGAACUAGAAAAAUUGUAUUGUAUCAUGUUAAUAUUCAGUCAUUACGUAUCUGUCUUCAAUUAAUCACGUAAGCCUAACUAAUUAAUUAGUUAGUUAAUUAUAAUUAUUUUGCGAUAUAAGUAUUUGUGAUAUGUACCUUACAAAAUAAAUACAGAAAUUAUCGAAA